AUGCUAAGCCUUUGUAGAUUAACACAAAACAUUUCAAAUUUUAAACAUUUAUGUCGCAGUAGUAUCAGUUUAAAAUUAAUCAGAUCAAACACCACUUACGCGAAUGUUAUCAAAUCUCAAAAAUACAAGAAUCAAGAAGGUGGAGAAGUUAUAAAAUGGAUCUUAUUGAUGAUUCCUGUAACUUCGUUUGGGCUAGGAUGCUGGCAGGUGUAUCGUUUGCGAUGGAAAUUGGAAUUAGUUGAUAUGUUGCAGGCAAAAUCUAAUGCAACUCCAGUAAAUAUGCCUACUAACUUUGAAUCACUUGAAAAGAUGGAAUAUAUGCCAGUUAAAGUGCGAGGACAAUUUCUUCACGAUAAAGAGAUCCUUAUUGGACCUAGAGCUCUUAUAGAACAUAAUACGCCAUUACCUAGAACAGGGUCUCUAAUUUCAGACCCAAAGAAAAAUCAAGGAUGGCUAGUGAUUACUCCUUUCAAACUGUCAGAAACGGGGGAUAUUAUAUUAGUAAAUAGGGGAUGGAUUCCCCAAAGUCUUCGUCCUAAAGAAAAACGACAGCAGUCAAUGGUGAAGGGUGAAGUAGAGUUAACAGGUGUGGUGAGAUUGACAGAAAAUCGUGGACCCUUUAUGCCAAAAAAUCACCCAGAAAAGGGGUCCUGGUUUUAUAGAGACCUACAUCAAAUGAGCGCUCAUCUAGGGUCCUUACCGGUAUGGCUGGACGCCCGAGGCAUACCUGACCCGCCCGAGGGAUGGCCAAUACCCAAUCAAACCAGAGUUGCAUUAAGGAAUGAGCAUUUCUCUUAUCUUGUAACAUGGUAUUCACUAUCGGCAUUCACCGCGGUCAUGUGGCAUAGGUACUUUAUACGAAAGCUGCCUCUUUUAUAA